AUAAAAACGGAGCUGGAAAAGCAAAGAGAAGGCACUGCUGCUCCACCAAAAGCAAACUUCAUUGAAGCAGAUAAAUAUUUCCUUCCGUUUGAACUGGCCUGCCAGUCAAAGUCUCCACGCAUUGUCAGUACUUCACUGGAUUGUUUACAGAAACUCAUUGCAUAUGGACAUAUCACCGGCAAUGCUCCAGACAGUGGAGCUCCUGGAAAAAGACUGAUUGACCGAAUAGUUGAAACCAUUUGCAAUUGCUUUCAGGGUCCUCAAACAGAUGAAGGAGUACAACUGCAGAUAAUUAAGGCUCUUCUCACUGCAGUAACGUCUCCGUAUAUAGAAAUUCAUGAAGGAACAAUUCUUCAGACUGUUAGAACCUGUUACAACAUCUAUCUGGCCAGUAAAAAUCUUAUUAAUCAGACAACUGCCAAAGCUACCCUUACGCAGAUGUUAAAUGUCAUUUUUACACGGAUGGAAAAUCAAGCUAUACAAGAAUCCAGAGAAGUAGAAAAAACAAAUCAGCAAAAAUCCCAGUCUCCUGCAAUUCAAGUGGUGACCAGGUCUCCGAAGAUUGGUCAGUUGAAGCACAGCUAUCAGGAAGGCAAACCCACUGCUCCUGUAAGCGUGGAAUUAACGAACGGUGAGCCUGAGAGGGCAGAAAACAGAGACAUGAAGUUGGAGCAGGAUCUGACUCUUCCAGUGUCAGAGGAAACAACUGAUGGAGGAAAGGAGAUGGUUAAAGGCAUCUUGGAAGAUGUGGUCAAGUCAGCUGUGAAAGCUGCUGAAGAAAAGCAGGUAACAGAAACAGUUAAGGCUCUACCUGCAUCAGAGACUGCAGAUAUUACUCUUUCUGGCUCUAGUAAUGAAAAUGUACAAACAAACGGGAUUUCAGAUGACGGGCAAUCUGUUUCCUCCACUGAUAAUCUGGAAACAGAUGUAUCUGGACAUCAAGCUGCUGCCAAAUUUUCCCAUGUUCUACAAAAGGAUGCCUUCCUUGUGUUCAGGUCGUUGUGCAAGCUCUCCAUGAAACCACUCGGUGAUGGACCACCAGAUCCCAAAUCCCAUGAAUUGCGUUCUAAGAUAGUGUCUCUCCAGCUUCUUCUCUCAGUACUGCAGAAUGCUGGUCCAGUUUUCAGGACACACGAAAUGUUCAUCAAUGCAAUCAAGCAAUAUCUUUGUGUAGCACUAUCUAAAAAUGGAGUCUCUUCUGUUCCUGAUGUAUUUGAGCUCUCCCUUGCCAUCUUUCUCACGCUGCUUUCAAAUUUUAAGACCCAUUUAAAAAUGCAGAUUGAGGUGUUCUUCAAAGAGAUCUUCCUGAAUAUUCUAGAGACUUCUUCAAGCUCCUUUGAACACAAAUGGAUGGUGAUUCAGACUUUAACUAGAAUUUGUGCAGAUGCCCAGUGUGUAGUGGAUAUUUAUGUUAACUAUGACUGUGAUUUAAACGCUGCUAAUAUAUUUGAACGCCUUGUAAAUGAUUUGUCCAAAAUCGCACAGGGACGAAGUGGGCAUGAGUUGGGAAUGACACCUUUACAGGAACUAAGCCUGAGGAAAAAAGGACUUGAAUGUUUGGUUUCUAUUUUAAAAUGUAUGGUAGAAUGGAGCAAAGACCUCUAUGUGAACCCCAAUCAUCAGGCUAGCUUGGGUUCAUAUAAACCAUCUGAACAGGAAAUGGCUGAAGGUAAAUGCCUUGAGAGUGGAGGGAGACGAAGUAGUGUCAGUUCCUUGGACUCCACUGUGUCAUCAGGAGUUGGAAGUGUUGGUACCCAGACUGCUGUCCCAGAUGAUCCUGAGCAAUUUGAAGUCAUCAAGCAACAAAAGGAAAUAAUUGAACAUGGGAUAGAACUGUUCAAUAAAAAACCAAAGAGAGGAAUACAAUAUCUACAGGAGCAGGGAAUGCUUGGCAUUACAGCAGAGGACAUUGCACAGUUUUUGCACCAAGAAGAACGCCUCUGUUCUACUCAAGUAGGGGAUUUCCUUGGGGAAAGCAACAAGUUUAACAAGGAAGUGAUGUAUGCCUAUGUAGACCAGCUUGAUUUCUGUGGAAAAGACUUUGUCUCUGCUCUGCGUAUAUUUCUGGAAGGUUUUCGUCUGCCAGGUGAAGCCCAGAAGAUUGACAGAUUAAUGGAGAAGUUUGCUGCUAGAUAUAUUGAAUGCAACCAACGGCAAACACUAUUUGCUAGUGCUGACACUGCCUAUGUUUUAGCGUACUCUAUUAUAAUGCUGACCACAGACUUGCACAGUCCACAGGUAAAAAAUAAAAUGACAAAGGAGCAAUACAUUAAAAUGAAUCGAGGAAUCAAUGACAGUAAAGAUCUGCCAGUAGAGUAUUUAUCCACAAUCUAUGAAGAAAUAGAAGGAAAGAAGAUUGCAAUGAAAGAGACAAAAGAAUACGCAAUUACAACCAAGUGUAGUAAACCAAGCGUAGCUAAUGAGAAGCAGCGGAGGUUGUUGUACAACUUGGAGAUGGAACAAAUGGCUAAAACAGCUAAAGCCCUCAUGGAGGCCGUAAGCCAUGCAAAGGCUUCUUUUACUAGCGCCACUCAUCUGGAUCAUGUCAGACCCAUGUUCAAACUUGUAUGGACUCCACUGCUGGCAGCUUACAGUGUUGGCUUGCAGAACUGUGAUGACACAGAAGUUGCAUCCCUUUGUUUGGAAGGAAUACGAUGUGCAAUUAGAAUAGCCUGUAUCUUUGGAAUGCAGCUUGAACGAGAUGCUUAUGUACAGGCCCUUGCUCGUUUUUCCUUAUUGACUGCCAGUUCCAGUAUUACAGAAAUGAAACAGAAGAACAUAGAUACCAUUAAGACACUUAUUACUGUCACUCACACAGAUGGCAACUAUCUUGGGAACUCUUGGCAUGAGAUCUUGAAAUGUAUUAGCCAGCUGGAACUAGCACAACUUAUAGGAACUGGAGUGAAAACUCGGUAUUUAUCUGGCUCUGGGCGUGAAAGGGAAGGAAGCAUUAAAGGCUAUGCAUCUGGAGGGGAAGAGUUUAUGGGCCUGGGAUUAGGUAACCUCAUUGGAAGUGGAGCUGAUAAACGGCAUAUGGCGAGCAUUCAAGAGUCCGUGGGAGAGACCAGUUCACAGAGUGUAGUGGUAGCAGUAGACAGGAUAUUUACAGGAUCAACCAGGCUGGAUGGAAAUGCAAUAGUUGACUUUGUGCGAUGGCUGUGUGCUGUUUCCAUGGAUGAGCUGGCUUCCCCACACCAUCCACGCAUGUUCAGCCUGCAGAAGAUAGUGGAGAUAUCGUAUUACAACAUGAAUCGCAUUAGGCUGCAGUGGUCAAGGAUUUGGCAUGUGAUUGGAGAUCACUUCAAUAAGGUUGGAUGUAAUCCUAAUGAAGAUGUUGCCAUCUUUGCAGUAGACUCAUUAAGGCAGCUGUCAAUGAAAUUUCUUGAGAAGGGAGAGUUGGCCAACUUCCGCUUCCAGAAAGACUUCCUAAGGCCUUUCGAGCAUAUUAUGAAGAAAAACAGAUCUCCAACUAUUCGGGACAUGGUAAUACGCUGUAUUGCUCAGAUGGUAAACUCUCAAGCUGGUAAUAUUCGUUCAGGCUGGAAGAAUAUCUUUGCAGUCUUUCAUCAAGCAGCGUCAGACCAUGACGGGAAUAUUGUGGAGCUGGCCUUUCAAACUACAGCACACAUAGUUACAAAUAUUUUUCAACAGCACUUUCCAGCAGCAAUUGACUCAUUUCAGGAUGCAGUAAAGUGUCUUUCUGAGUUUGCCUGUAAUGUUGCAUUUCCGGACACCAGCAUGGAAGCUAUUAGACUUAUUCGGUAUUGUGCAAAAUACGUUUCAGAAAGACCACAGGUAUUAAGAGAAUACACGAGUGAUGACAUGAAUGUUGCUCCUGGGGACAGAGUAUGGGUCAGAGGAUGGUUUCCCAUUUUAUUUGAACUUUCUUGUAUCAUUAAUCGUUGCAAAUUAGAUGUUAGAACAAGAGGCUUAACAGUGAUGUUUGAAAUAAUGAAGAGUUAUGGCCAUACCUUUGAAAAGCACUGGUGGCAAGAUCUGUUCAGAAUUGUGUUUCGGAUUUUUGAUAAUAUGAAACUCCCUGAACAACAAACAGAGAAAUCUGAAUGGAUGACCACUACAUGCAACCAUGCACUUUAUGCAAUCUGUGAUGUAUUUACGCAAUUUUAUGAAGCUUUAAAUGAGAUUCUUCUUCCUGACAUACUUGCACAGUUACACUGGUGUGUAAAACAAGAUAAUGAGCAGUUGGCUCGAUCAGGUACAAACUGCCUAGAAAACCUGGUAAUACUAAAUGGACAGAAAUUCAGCCCUGAAGUCUGGGGCCAGACAUGCAAUUGUAUGCUAGAAAUCUUCAAAACUACUAUUCCUCAUGUCUUGCUGACAUGGAGGCCUGCAGGAAUGGAAGAAGAUUCAGCUGAAAAACACUUGGAUUUAGACCUAGAUCGCCAGUCUUUAAGCAGCAUGGAUAAAAACGCUUCAGAAAGAGGACAAAGUCAAUUUUCAAAUCCAACGGAUGAGAGCUGGAAAGGUGGUCCUUAUACAAACCAGAAACUAUUUGCUGGCCUCCUUAUAAAGUGUGUGGUACAGCUGGAAUUGAUACAGACCAUUGAUAACAUAGUGUUCUAUCCAGCCACAAGCAAGAAGGAAGAUGCUGAGCACAUGGCUGCAGCUCAGCGAGACGCAUUGGAUGCAGAUAUCCACAUUGACACAGAAGACCAAGGAAUGUAUAAAUAUAUGUCUUCACAUCACCUCUUUAAGUUACUAGAUUGUCUGCAAGAGUCUCAUUCAUUUUCAAAAGCCUUUAAUUCAAAUUAUGAACAGCGAACUGUGUUAUGGAGAGCAGGGUUCAAGGGUAAAUCAAAACCCAAUCUCUUAAAACAAGAGACCAGCAGCUUGGCUUGUUGCUUGAGAAUACUCUUUCGAAUGUAUGUGGAUGAAAACCGCCGAGACUCGUGGGAUGCUAUACAACGACGACUGCUUAGUGUAUGUAGUGAAGCCCUGGCAUAUUUUAUUACCGUGAACUCAGAAAGCCACAGAGAAGCUUGGACCAAUCUCCUGCUGUUGCUUUUAACGAAAACACUAAAAAUCAGUGAUGAAAAGUUUAGGGCACAUGCUUCAACAUAUUAUCCAUACUUGUGUGAAAUCAUGCAAUUUGACCUGAUUCCUGAGCUUCGAGCAGUGCUACGGAAGUUCUUCCUGCGUAUAGGCGUUGUGUUCAAAAUCUGCGUAACAGAGGAGCAGAUACGGACAACUGGGAUGAACUUACCUUCCUGGUAGCCCUAAGUAGGGUUGGUUACUUCUGCGUGUACAUAAAGCUGUGUUCGAGAGAUGGAUUGAAGUGAAUGGGGGAAAAAAUGGGACCCUGGUGUAUCAACACAGCAGCAAGUUAAGUUACUCUUACCACAAUGGCAUUUGGGGAGGAGGAAAAAAAAUCCUGUUCUGUCCAUCCUACAAAACUAUCAGCAGUUUUAUUUAAAUUAUUGCUUACAGAGUUAAUACAGUAGAUGUAAAGUCUCUUUGUUUCAAUACUAGUCAUCCUUAUGAUCAAGUCUGUCUCCUCUAGUCUUUUAUCAAUUGUUCAGUCUUGCAUCCCAGCUAAAUCCGAUAAAUCAGCUGGAUUCCUCAAUAGAAAUUAUGCCCCUUGGAAAUAAUGAAUAUAGUUGUAUAGCCUUGUGAUGUUAGCACAUGUGUUCAUAAUAAACUAUAUUGCAGUGGCUAAUGACCACCCACCAUCAUUCUGGGUUUUUCUUUGUGUGUACAUGACUAGACCAGGCAACGUGCUACGGUUUUUGAAGUGGACAGCCUGUAGGGUAUUUGGGGAAAGGGGUUUCCUCCUGUUUAGCAAGUCAUUUUAAAAACUUUUUUUAACAUCAGUGCUUCGUCUUCUGAGACUUAUUUUUGUUUUUAUGGAAGGUUUUACAUCAGGAGCACACAAUAGCAUCUACUAUUGAGCUUGUUAGUCUUGAGUUAAAGGCAUUUAAAAAAAACCAAACUACUUUUAAACUUUCCAUUUACUUUCAUACAUUGCCAGAUCAUGGACAGAGCAUAUACAGCAAUAUUAAAAACAAGUUUUGGAACAAAUAAAACCACCCUUUUUCACCCUUGACUAUAAUGUAUUUAGUAGCAAUUGUGUCUGUUUAGCGCAGGAAGUCCUGUCCUCAAUACAUACCAGGUUCUGUCUCUUUUUACUGCAGAUCUGCAAAUUCUGAUUCAUCUUUUUGUGCAAAUGACUUUUGUUCUGAACUACUAGUUCCUGAUGUGAUCUAAAAGAAAAUUGAAUUCCCACGAAACUGCUCUAGCAAAAUUAAACUUAAGUUCAUUCACGUACUCUAAGAGUUACCAAUACAUUUCUAUGCUUUGAAGGUAUCUGUGAAGCAAACGUGACGUAACACUACAGCUUUGCUUGCCCUGGAGAUCUUUCUUUCUUUCUUCAAAACACAUCAGUUUUCUGUGCCAACUGUUCCCAUGAUAGAAUACCUGUUACAGUUGAAGUACUGCAGGGCUGAGGUCUGUCCUUUUGAACUAAUUUUAAUUUCAAGUUUUAAGACUUCCCUAACUGGAAGAGUAUGGCAGGAUGGGAGGAAAGGUUCCACUUCCUAAAAUAAUGUAAACCAAGGUGUUAUGUAACUGCUGUGCUAUCCAUAUUAGCCAAACCUAAAAUAUAACAGUAUUUAAAAACAAACAAACAAAACCCAGCAACCUACUUGAAUGGUAUUAAGUGUUUAACCUGUUAUUUUGCUUUUUAAGUUGAGUUUCCUGGUAGGGUGGCCAUAGUUGAGGUUUUCUUGGGAUAUUCCAUUCAGAGCUUGCUGGGAUUCUUUCUUUCCUUUUUUUUUUUGUGAGCUAUUUCCAAAGGGUUCAUAUGGUGCUCUUCAGUAAACCGGCUUCCAUAUAAGCAUUGUUUGGGAAUGGUUUUGCAGUCAAUAGUAGUGAUAAGGCUUUCACAUUUUUAUUUUUAAUUUUUAUUUUUAACCAAAGAAAAAUAAAUGGUGGUUGUGGCUCUUUAACUUUUCAAUGCCCAUCAGAUUAAAUCUAUAAUAUUUAGUAGAAGGGAAUAUAUUGCUAUAUUUUACAAUAGGAAAAGCCUGAAAAAUAAGAAUGCUGAUGUUUAACUUGCUGCAUUUGAAAUGUCCUUUUGUGUUGCAUUUAGUAUAGUUGCUCAUUCCCUGGUAAUGUCACUUCAUCAAUUACAGUAAAAAUGAAGUAUUUAUUUUAACUCUAUUUAAACCUGUAAGAAUAGGCUAUUCCUUUUCUUCCAGUCCUAGAUAGUCCUAAAGAAAAUAUUUGAAACUUUAUUUUUCAGAUUUUGAAUGUGUCACUGCCUCACUGAAUGUAUACCUAUAUCUCCUAUCAAAACACAAACUUUAAAGUUGCAUGCUUUUUUCUGUAUUUUAGUUUUGAAAGCCUUACAACUCAUGUCUUGAAACAAGUCUUUUAAUUUUCAGAUCUUAAAUUACUUUACAGUUGCAUUGUGGGCUUUCUUCACCGUAACGUGCAACAUUUGUACUAUCUCUGCAUAUAGAAUAAGGGCCUUUAAUCAAUCCUUUCCUUCAGCCUUAGUUCCGAGACUGUUUUACCUGAGUAAAGCUUUUAUUGUAUUUAUACCAUUUAUAAACUGCUGAAAUUAGGUAUGUGACAUCAAAACAUCCUAGACUCUGUAGUGCGUGAAGGAGAAGGGGGACUGGAAUGCAAUUGGAUUUAACAGCCUUAAUCCUGUCCAUUUUCUGUAACUGAUUGUACGUGUUAAAGCAAUAAGAAUGGUACGUUAAGUGUAGUACCUGAAACGGUUGUAUUCGCAUCAGCUGUUUGGUUUCCCUUAGACAGUCAGAAAGAUCAUAACCCAUAGAUAUCUUAAUGAAGCUAAAAAUGCUGAGCCAAAACUCCUGCAGUAGUCACUGCUGGUCCGAUCUUGUCCUGGCUCUGCUGACAUAGACUUUAUCUGCCUGCGGUGGUUUUAUUCGUUUUAGUGGAACUAUGAACGAGAACAGGGGUCUGUGCCAGCAUAUCCUGGCAGAGAUCGAGACAUCUGUGCAAUACAUGCAGUAAUAAAAAGUAACCUCUUAGACUUUUAAAGUAGUGUUAUGCAACAAAUUAAACUAUAAACUGAUUUACCUAUAAUGGUAUAAAUAUGGAGACUGCAUGAUAUUUGUUAUUACUUCUUAUUUUGGAACCCUCUAGGAAAUAGGUAGGCAGGGGGAGGAUGCCAAUGAGGAAAACCCUAAAAACUCCCUUUCACGUUGAUUCUAUAAAUCUUACAGUACAAGAAAAGAUUAUUUUUACAGUUUGUUGUCUGUGUCUUGUAUCUCACUUUCCAAGUUGUAAACAGAACAAUCUACAACAACUUCCACUAAUACAAGGAAACACCCCCCCAAAGUUUAGCUCAGUCUUAUUAGUAAGAAUAAGAAAGAUUAAAAAUGUGUAACUUCUAGUCUGAAGUAGAACUAAGCUUUGUCAAAAGUGCAGCUCCCUUUAAUAUGUAAAUUCAGUUUGUUCAGCACCUUUAAUGUUAUUUCUGUGUAAAAUGUAUGUUUUCACAUAUUUAAAAUGACUAAGUUUUUUUGAAGGUCUCCAUAUUAAGUGCAUUUAAUAUCAGUAAUUUAAAGAGGAGCAUUCCUUGCCCAAUGGAUGUAUACAUUUUUGAGAGAAUACCAAAAUUAUAUAUGAAAAACUAUGUAAAGUUUUCUACAUGAAAAUACUAUGUAUAAUACUGUUAUAAUAUUCCAUGCUUUAAUCAAGUGGUAAAUCAAUAAAGUUUUAAGAAGUGUU